GCGCCCCCGCUGCAGGCGCCGCAGCCCCACGCCGCCCCGCUCCCGCGGACUGCGGGGGCCGCCGCGCCCGGCGCGCCUGGCGCAACCGCUGCCGCGCCAGCAGCGCAUCGUCGAGGGCGUCCAAGAUCGGAGGCCGCCAGAGGCCGCCCCUGGCGGCGCUGGCGCCGGCCGCCAUGCCGCCGGCGCACAACCUCUCGUCGCGGGAGUUGUGCGAGGGCGACGAGCCCGAGGAGCGGCCGAGGUGCUGCCCGAGCAGCUGCCCGCGGAGGUGGCCAGGCGCACGCUUGGGCAACAAGGUGUUCCGGGUGGCCGGCCUCAUCGCUGUGCCGAACUGCAUCGCCGCAGCGGCGCUGGCCGCCAUCAAGAAGGACCCAACGUACUCCGCGGAGGUGGACAGGCUUACCGUGAGCACGGAAGUGUUCACGAGCUUCUCCUUCCUUGUUGGCUUGUUCCUCGCCUUUAGGGCGUCCCAGGCAUACUACCGAUCGUGGGAGGGCGCCACCGCCACGUUCCACGUGAUGGCCGACAUAUUCGACGUGGCCAGCAGCCUGGUGUCUUUCAGCAAGAGCUCGAAGGCGGAGAGACACCUCAUCAAGGAGUUCCACCACAUCUUGGUGCGCCUCUUCAGCGUCCUGCACGCGCUCAUGGCGGCCGAGCUGGAGUCCUUUGGGGAGGUGACGGGCAGUGAGAACGCCUUCCGCUUCGAGCUCAUCGACGCCAGCGGCCUGGACGAGGUCAGCUUGUCCACGCUGGCGGCUUCCCCGCACAAGGUGGACCUGGUGUUGCACUGGGUCCAGUCCUUGGUGGUCCAGGCAAUGGAGGCAGAGAUCAUCACCGUUCCAGCCCCGGUCCUGUCGCGGGCGUUCCAAGAGCUCAGUGGGGCGCUGGGGCGGUGCUUCGAGGAUGAGGAGGACGAGGAAGAGGAGGACAUGGGCGACGAGGAGGAUCCUGUGCUGGAGGAUGGAGAGGAGGAGUAA